AUGAGUGGACUGCGAAACAACUUCCAGCCCGUCCUGGCUGAAGAUGCCCCACGCUCGGAGAGCAAUGUCGAACGUCGAGAUUCCGGGCCAUUGAAGGAAAUAAUUGCUCAACAGGAUAGCCUCUACAAGUACAUCAGCUGGGAGGAUCCCGCACGAACUAUCGGAUCCUACUUUGCCGCCCUCGGCUUCAUGCUCGCAGUUCAUCAUAUGCAUCUUACCCAGCUGACUCUCAAAACCAUGGCAAUUGGCCUUGGAGUGAUGUCCAUGGCCGAGUUCGCUGGUCGUUCCUUCGGCCCUAAUAACUUCGUCUCUCGCAUGCGACCCAGACAGUACAAGACCGUUCCGGAAUCAACUCUCAAUGCUACGCUCAAGGAUAUCCACGACUUCAUUCAGUAUGCUGUUGUUCAGGCUCAGAAAAUCCUCUUCGCUGAAGACCUCGAGAAGACAUUUGGUGCUUUCGCUUUCACCGGCUCUCUGUACUUCCUGAUUCAGUUCAUGUCUCCUUUCGGCAUUGCCAUCCUCGGCCUAACCACCAUCUACACCAUUCCUCUCGUCACUUCCCCGCGAGGUAGAGGCAUUGCCCGUGACGGCGUGGCUCGUGCCCAAGAGAUCAGCAAUACAGCUGCUGACCAAGCCAGCUCUCUCGCCCAAGACACCAAGGGCACAAUGGCUAACAUUUCCUCCAUGGCUCAAGAUACCGCUGGCAACUUAAGACAACGCGCUGUCAACAUGGUUCCUGGCUCAAAGCAGACUGAGAACCGAUCAGACGUUACCUCUACUGUUUCUCACAGCUCUUCUGGACCCACUCAGGCUAGGGAUAUCUCAUCACAGUUCCCUCAGAAUGAUUCCGACAAGUCAUUUGAGCAGUCCAAGCACCUGGCCUCCAUGGGCUCCCGCGGUACUUCUGGUAGUUUCAACCGAUCACCAAUCAAGACUGUUCAUGUCGACCCCAACCAGUCCAAAGACUUCUCCCAGAGCAACUUUGACAGCUCUUCUUCCCAGUCCAAGGACACCCCUUCUAGCUUCUCCCACAGCACUGCUGAUGACUUCCCUUCCAGCACCCAACCCGCUCUCGGCAACUCUAAAGAGAAUACCGCAAGCUUCUCCCACGGCGCUACUGGAAACCUGCCUUCUUACGGUCAAGCUACCUUCAGCAAGCCUCAGGAUAUUACGCCCAGCUACAUGUCCAGCAAGGCAAAGGAAGCCACCUCCAGCUAUUCCUCUAGCCGCCCCGAUGACAAGACUCCCAGCUUUGGUUCCAGCAUGAACAAUGAUAUGUCAUCAGGCUUUUCUCAUGGCACUACCGAUGACUUCUCACCUUCCAGCAAGACCAACUCCAACUUCCCUCCUAGCAAGGACCAAGAUAUGCCCGAUUAUGCUCAGCACCGAAAGUCUCUCAACUACUCCAAGUUCCCUCAUGUCAGUAGCGAUAAUUCCGGCAUGCAGUCCGGCUCUACUACCCUCUUUGGCAAACAAGCUCCCACCGGAAAGAAGCCUUCUAUUGAUGAGACCAACUACUCUCUCCAGAACAAAACAGAUAUGACUUCCGACUAUCAGCACUUCGUUCCCCGUGAGGCUCCCAACCGUGGAACGCUUAGCUCUCAGGCCGAUACCUCCGUGGGUAAGAUGCCUCUUGGCGAACUGAUUGACGAAAAGGAUCAGGCGGGAGAUAAGGCUCCACCAAUCUCCGCUGGUGGCUUGAAUGCCAUGAAGUAG